AUGGUCCCACCACCUCGAGCGGGAUCAUUUUCGCCCAAUCCUGCACAGACACUACAAACGGGUGCGAGCCAUUCUCCUCAUCCAUCGCAGACUGCCAUUCUCAGUGCUGGCGCAAGCCCUAGCGCCAGCAGUCCAACGGGCACCAACUCCUUGACGAAGAUUGUCGUCGCCCAGGUCUAUCUUCUGCUUAGUACCAUCAAAGAGGAUAAGGAUCGUGCUAAGUGGGAGCUUCAAGUCGACCAAUUGAAGAAGCUCAUCGAUGACCACGGAAUGGAAGUCUUUUCAAAGUAUUUCACCCGGCUCGUUGCCGGCAAUGCGCCACAGAUAUUCCCCGGCCUCAAUAGGCCUGUCUCGAACCCGGGCAACUACCAUAUCCUCGUAGGCGAGAUGCGAAAGAUCUCACAUGAUAUUGACCAAGCAAGUAAAAUUGCUGAGUCGGUUGAAAGUGGUACUGAAGAUAUCUUCCGCGACUUUGACCUUUCAACCUUUAUGGAACAUUUCAAACUCGACGCCCUAGAGAAGACCUUAUUAGCUUUGGCCUUCAAACUUAGUUCGCGAGCAGAUUUGAAGACCAAAGCCGACGCUAUAUUAUCGACCAACUUCACUUCUUUCCUCGAUAUUAUUUCCCGCCCUGAUCUCGACGCCCACUCCGACCUGAAGCCCCCUUUUAUCGCCUUGAUUUUGGACCGAUUUCUACAGUAUCAUCCUCCCAGCUUCAAUGCUUCUUCUAGGCGCGAUCUCGAGGCUUCUGUUACCAAACGAUGGCUCGGUCAGACUCCGGAGCAGACACCACCUUCCGAGAUCCUCGCUGCUUUGGACUUGGGUAGAGUGCUCGCUGAUCGACCUGUCAACGGACUGGUCCGAUAUAUUCAAAAGACAGGUGUGGAAUUCACCCGAGACGAGGAAACAUGUGUCUCGUAUCUACAGAACCGCCCUAGCAGCCUUCAGCUAGGUCCGGAACAGGUCUCGGUGGCCAUAACUUUUACCGCCGUUAGUCAUAACCCUCAACAAAAUCCUAGUGUUUUGGUUGGUGCUCUGAGAAAGGUUUUGCCGAAAACCUUCGACUGGAUGGAGGUAGUUGUUUUAUUUGACCAACCUUCCGCCCGUGUGUCUUCCCCGCAGUUCCUACGUCUUUAUCGUGCUCUCUUGCCCAUCGCUCAAGAUUCGAACUCUGGCCUGGAUAUUCAACGACUUUGGGGCGGUGUCUGGAGGAACCCUGAGGCUCAGCUCUCUUUUGUUAGUGCCUACGCUUCUUUGACUCCCGACCAGCUGGACGCGACAACAAUCCCAGGGCUUCAGCGCAGUAUCACCAUCGAGGACUACGCCAACUCCCCUGCCAACGUACAGGAGCGGGCAAGUGUUGCUGUAAAGCAUCCUCUCGUUUCCGUCGCCGCACUUUCGUCAAUUUUCAACGUUGCGCUCAGUUCUGUCUUGGCUUCCACUAGUAUUGAGGCCAAGAGACUCUUCCAAGAAGUAGUGGUUCCUAAUUUGGACAUCUUCCUGGUCUCCGCGUUUGAGGUUCCACGACAACACUGGGCGGCAAUGGCUGUCGAAACUCUCGGCUCUCUUUUUGAGAACUUCCUCUAUAAGCGAUCUCCCGAAUACGACUUUGUUCUCGACAGCCUUUGGAGGAAGGAUAAGGACUGGGUUAUUCAACGCUUGAUCGAUGCUCACGCUAUCAAACCAGCAGACCUUCCGCUUGUUCUUGAGCACGCUUUAAAGCAUAAUUGGCUAGAGUCGUUGGUGUACCUUCCUAACGGGUUUGGUAUCGAUCUGGCUGCUCUAGCGCAUGCAGAAGGCUAUCUGGAUCUGUCCAAGUGGGCGCGGUUGAAUGCUGAGCGUAGUACCGAGGUUUCCCGUACCCUCAUACAGUUUCUAAUGAUCAAGGCCAACAUGGAGAACCAGUUUCAACGCGGCGGUCCUGACGGUCAGCCUCCUGUUAAGAGCACUACAACACUUCACGUUCGUACCGUGUCCGCGCUUCUUCAAAUCCUCGAGGACUACUUGCCAAAUCCUCCUGUACCGGAAUUGAUAGUGGUUCAACGGCAUUGUAUCAUUGCGUAUCCACGUUUGAUCAACUAUGGUGAAGGCUACGACGACGUAAUUGACGCCAACGGGAGGGACGGAAACUCUCUGUCCCCGAUCGCCAAUGGCAGGAUGGAGGAGCACUACAAAAAGAUGUACAGUGACGAGAUACAGGUCCGGCACAUUGUUGAGAUUCUGGAUCAGUACAAGCACUCCAGAGACCCCCUCGACCAAGAUGUUUUUGCUUGCAUGAUUCAUGGGCUAUUCGACGAGUAUACUCAUUAUGCGGAUUAUCCAUUGGAGGCCCUCGCUACUACCGCCGUCCUUUUCGGUGGUAUCAUCUCGCAUAAACUUGUUUCCAACUUGCCCCUUCAAAUCGGAUUGGGCAUGAUUUUGGAAGCUGUCAGGGACCAUUCUCAAGACGACCCCAUGUAUAAAUUUGGUCUUCAGGCACUGAUGCAGUUGUUUGUUCGCUUUCGAGAAUGGCCUGCCUUUUGUAGACAGCUUUGCCAGAUUCCAGGUCUUCAUAACACAGAGGCCUUCAAGAAGGCAGAAGAGGUUAUUCGCGAGCACGAUGAAGAGCUCGCACGUGGUCGCAAUGGUGCGGGGACGCCUCAUGGUUUAGGUUUUCAGGGCGAUACGUUCCCGAAUGGUAAUGCCGAGGAAACAGCAAACACUGAUCGUCAGGCGCCUGCAUUCGCAUCUCUCAAUGUCGACCCACCGCCUACGGAUAUCGAGUUCGAAGAUCCCGAUGAGGAUUCCCAAGACAAGGUUCAGUUCGUUCUCAACAACAUCACCGAAGGCACGAUCCAAACCAUGUGUCAAGAACUCCGAGAGACUAUGGAGCGCCGGCAUCAACAGUGGUUUGCCAGUCACCUUGUUGAGGAGCGUGCCAAAAUGCAGCCCAAUUACCAUCACGUCUACCUCGAACUAGUCAAGCUCUUCGAGGACAAAGCUCUUUGGAGAGAGGUCCUCCGGGAGACUUAUGUCAGUGUCUGCCGCAUGCUCAAUUCAGAGGCAACGAUGCAAAACUCCACCGAAAGGACUCACCUCAAGAAUCUUGGAGGCUGGCUUGGUCUGCUAACCCUAGCGCGAGAUCGUCCUAUCAAGCACAAGAAUAUCGCCUUCAAGCAGCUCUUGAUCGAGGCACAUGACACGAAGAGGCUUAUUGUUGUUAUUCCUUUUGUUUGCAAAGUUCUGACUCAAGGCGCUACCUCAGCAGUGUUCAGACCCCCGAAUCCUUGGCUCAUGGAUAUCAUCCAUCUGCUAAUCGAGCUUUAUCAUCACGCCGAGCUAAAACUUAAUCUUAAGUUCGAGAUUGAGGUGUUGUGUAAGGGCUUGAAUCUAGAUCACAAGAGCAUUGAACCUUCCGGCGAAAUUCUAAACCGACCUGCCAUCGAAGAAACAGCGGAUAUUCUACCUCCCGAACAACUUGACGCCUUCGAGAAUCUGUCCCUGAAUGGCAUAGGUUCUGCUGUCGGCAGUGGGCUUGCGCCUCCGGCUCUUGCACCGACGAUUCCUGAUCUCGGCCCAUUAAUCAAUAUCCCCCCUGCUAAUGAAAUGGUUGUCAGCACUACGCGGCUUCACGAGAUCGUACGCACAGCACUUGGCCGUGCUCUACAAGACAUCAUCCAGCCUGUGGUUGAUCGCUCCGUUACCAUUGCUGCAAUCUCAACCCAGCAAAUGAUUCACAAGGACUUUGCUAUCGAGCCGGACGAGAAUCGCGUACGAACCUCUGCCAUCAGUAUGGUGAAAGCAACAGCUGGUAGUCUUGCGCUGGUUACAUCCAAGGAGCCCCUUCGUGCCAACUUCACCAACUACAUGCGAAACCUAUCCAACGAUCUUCCUCAGGGACUCCCUGAAGGCACUAUUAUUAUGUGUGUUAAUUCUAAUCUUGACCUGGCCUGCAACAUUAUCGAGAAGCAGGCUGAAGAGAGGGCCGUGCCUGAAAUCGAGGAGAUGAUCGAGCCCGAACUCGAAGCUCGUCGACGACAUCGCAUCCAGAGACCUGGUGAGGCUUACUAUGACGCAAGUCUCAGCCGAUGGGCGAUGGCUAUCCCCAAUCCUUACAAGCUAUCGCCAAACGUCAACGGACUGAACUCUGAGCAAAUGGCCAUAUACGAAGACUUUGCCCGGCAACCACGUAGCGCUCCUCUACCUACACCUUCUCAUGGUCCAUCGGCAUCCGACGCUACCAGGUCAAUCGCCAACGAGGUCUUGGGGGAGUCUGCAUUCUCUGCCAACAUCACCAAUGUCCCAACUCCUACAGAAACUCCCUCGAUCCAACAACAUAUGGGCGCUCAAAUGCAACCAUAUGCUCCUGUCAACACUGGCGCCAGCUCAAUGUCCAACGGAAGGUCCCCCGGCUUCCAGAUGGAUGCCCAGGGCCUAAUUAACCGAGUCACCAAGUUGCUUCAAGAACUUAUCAGGGCGGCCACUGCAGCUCCUGAGGAUCACUUCUUGGGUCUGCCACGGCCUCAUCAGGUCUUGGAUGUAGUCGAUGCGCUGGUUCAGCACAUUAUCAAAACAUCGCAGAACUCAGAGGAUUUUGCCAUUUUUGCUGCGGAACAGAUCACUACGCUCAUCUUCUCGCAGAUUGAGGAUAAUCUAACUCUCGAGAGCUUGGUCCAUGUAUUGGAAACAGUUCGAAAGAUCUCUGGCCCUGCUUUGAACAAUCGUGUCCGGGCGCUCUUUGGUCAGCAGCCCGGUUCUGCUUUCUUGAGCUUGCCUCUGCUCGCGGCCUUGGUUCGAACGGAUUUAUUGGAAUGGAGAAACAUCGAUCUUGCCAUGUCUAAAGCUCUUCAGACCCGCAAGGAGGGUUCUCUCGACUUUUUGGAGCAUUUGCUCGACCUCACGCUUCUCGAUUCUCGUCCGAUUGCUCUGUACGCCGACUUUGCCUCUACCUUGGAGGCAGCAUGGGUAUGGAUCUCUGAAGAACCCGACUCCGCUGCUGGGCAACGAGUCAAGUCGAAACUUUCCGACUCCGGCCUGACGCGCCCAACCCAGAUGGAUAACCAUGCUCUAAGCCAGCACGAUCAGAUGGAGUAUGUCUUUGAGGAAUGGAUCCGCCUUUACCAUAACCACAAUGCGUCCGAUAAGGCCGUCGUCGCGUUCGUGCAGCAACUGCAGACCAGCCAGGUCUUGCAAAACCAGGAUGACCUCUUUGUCUUUAUCCGCAUUGCGGUUGAUGUUACUGCUGAACGAUUUGAAUAUAUUGUGCAUGCUGGUCCACUUACCGAUGCGUAUGUCGUGGUCGAUGCUCUUGCCAAGCUCAUUGGAACGUUCAUCGGCAUGGGUUUCGAGCCAACCUCCACUCGUCCAGUCUUCAUCGAUUCAAUCCUGUCACUAAUUGAGCUUAUUCUGAUUAACCACCAUGUCAAGAGAGGAGAGCAUCUGAACCAGAGGGUCUUCUUCCGACUGCUGUCCAUGCUCUUCCACGAGAUAUAUACUAUUUCAGAGGACUUGUCUGAAGACGACCGACGAGAGGUCCUUUUAAAGAUGGCCGGAAGACUCGCCAACAUCGGCCCAGUGUAUAUUCCUGGCUUUAUUUAUGGCUGGUUAUCCCUUGUUCAACACCGUGCUUUCAUGCCAGCAAUCAUACAGCUGCCUGACGGUGUAGGCUGGGGUCCUCUGGUCGACCUGGUCUGUCAACUACUGGACACUCUUGGUGAUCAGUUGAAAACCUUCGAGGUCUCGAACAUUGCCAAAGACAUCUACCGAGCUACCUUCAAGCUGCUUGUCAUUCUUCAGCACGACUUUCCCGAGUUUGUUGCCGCCAACCACGUGAAGCUCUGUGGUAGUAUCCCACCCCAUUGCACUCAGCUGAUCAAUGCUGUACUGGCUGCCAAUCCCCAAAACUCAAGGUUCGGCGAACUUAACCCUAAGGAGCAGGCUGAAGAGACCCAUGUUCAUCCUCGUCUUAUACAUGAGGCUACCUCGACACUUCAGAAUCGCGGUCUUCUAAAUGUUGUCAACCAAGCGCUUCAGAGCGGCCCGUCAGAAGACAUCGUUGCUAACAUCACACAUGCCAUGACACAUGACUCUUCUAAAGCAACCACAUAUGGCCAUGUGCCUGUCGUCGCUAACUCUGAGGUGAUCGAUGCUGUCGUCGUCUACAUCGGGCAACGCGCAGCAGAGAAAGCAAGACAGACGGGCACACCUGUGUCUAUAUCUGGCGAUGAGCAUGAGGUUUUCCUCAUUUCUCUCAUCAUGCAUGAGCUCUCUGCUGAGGCCAGGUAUUAUCUCCUCGUCAGCAUUGUCAAUCAACUUCGAUACCCCAGCCUUCACACCGAUUUCUUCAGCCAGACACUCCUCUAUAUAUUUGGCAAGGAUCUCAACGAUGUUGAGGAGACUGAAAUUCGCCAAGAGAUCACACGCGUACUUCUUGAGAGACUAGUCAGUUUCUGGCCUCAGCCAUGGGGUCUGCUGUAUACCGUCGUGGAGCUUAUGAAGAACGAGAAAUACAUGUUCUUUGAUCUCCCGUUCAUCAAGGCGAACUCAGAGAUUGCUGAGAAAUUCGCCCAUGUCCUCCAACGAGCCUAG